AUGGAAGGCGACCACGCGAUUCUACGAUUGCCGAGCGAAUCCGGCAGCAGUGACAGCAUUCCAGAGCGGCACUCAAUCAAAUGUUGCUGCGGCAGCAAAGAUUGCGCGUUCCUGAGGCACAAUCAGACUGCACUGCAAGAUUUGGAGCGCGACGUGUGUACGGCCAGUCGCAUCGGCAAGGCACUGCUGGUACGGCAUGAGACGUAUAUCGCCGACUCCGAGAGAGAACGCAAAGCCAUGGCCGCGCAGAUCGAAUCGCUAGAGGUGGAGAAACAUACGCUGGAGACGCAGAAUGCGAAGGCGAUCGAGGAGAACCGGAACCUGCUCGACCAACUGGAAUCGCUGAAUGGAGCUGUCGCCGAGUCUGAUACUCAAGUUACAAACCUUCAAGCGACCCUACGAUCAACACAACAGGAACUCCAUAAGCUGUCGCACCUAGCUUCCCGGACCGAGAAGCUUGAACAGCAGAUCGCGGACUUCGAGAGAGAGCAAGCGGCAUGGCACUCAUCGUUUCAAGAAAAGGAAGCGUCCGAAAAGGCUGCACUGCGGAGAUGGCAGGAAGCGCAACGCACUCUUUCAGCGUUGCAGGAGCAGAUGGAUCAUAUAGAGCAGGAGGCCAAGGAGGAGAAAGAACGGCACGCUGAAGUCGUUGGUCGCAUGGAGCGAAGACAUGCUGUGGAGCGAGAGCUGGACAACGCUGCUGGACGACUAAAGGGUGCAGCCGCAGCGAAAGCUGCCGCAACAGGAACGAAUGUGGUCUCACACUUCGUCAAGGACAUUCUCCAGGAUAAUGCCAAUCUGCAAAUGGGCAUAGUGGAGUUGCGCGACAUGUUGCAAACAUCAAAUGAAGAGGUGGAGAAUUUAAGGAACCAGCUUUCGGUACACCAACCUGUCGUCGACGCGCUUGAUGUUGCUCAGGCGACCGCGUCGCCCAAACGAUCGCACCUCAACGAGGAGAUGAGAAGAGCUACCGCGCAGGAAUUACAUGUCCACCACCACUAUCACGCACCUUCACCAGCACCGAAGACACCAGCAUUACGACGCCCAAAAAAGAAACGAUACGGCGCUCUAACGCCAGGGCACUUUACACCACCCAUGUCCGGGAUCAGCUCACCGCGCUACUCCUUCUCCUCUCCAUCGAACGCUGCAGCCAUCCUGUCGCAGACUGCAGCAAGUUUGCCUGACAGUGUGACUCCCAACAAAAAGCGAUGGUCUGUUCAAUCCAACUUGACAUACCAGUCGCUGCAGGAUUCCUCGGGGCCUAGCUCUCCUCAAUCCACCUAUCGCGCAUGCUCAAUGUUCGACAGAGUUUUUAGCGAUGCUGGUCAGGACUCUUCUCGUCCGACAACGCCCGACACUGAGGAUCCUGGUUCGCCGUUGUUCUUUCCUGUCAAUUCUAAGCGAUCGUCCAGCACCUCAUUUCACUCGCGCCACCAGUCUGCUGCAUCACAUAGGGUACGUCCUUCAUUAAACUCUAUUCUGGACAUGAGUACCGAAGACCUGCAUGAGAUCGAGCAGCAGCAAUCGUCAGCAGCACCGAUAAUAGAAGAAGAGGAGCAGGAGUGGGAGAACACGGACUCCAUAUCUCCGGAUGAACCCCUCGAUGCACCAUCACUACUUGAUGAAGAAAUCACACAGUCCCUCAAUCGACCGCGCACAUUACGUCGCGCCACUUCUCAUGAAUCCAUCUUGUCUUGCCGCGGCAUGGAUGUCAACACCCUCAAAUCUCGACCAUCUCAACUGCUCACGUCUUACGCCGGAAGAUCAGGAUCAAGUCAAGCUGUAGUAAGCGAGGAGACUGCUCAUGCAGCACGUCCAUCUGCAAUGUCUCGUUCAUCAAAUUCUGGUCAGAGUAUUCUGAGUGGCAUGAGUGGACAACCGACCCCAAGGCAAAUAAAAGGAGACAGACCGGGUAUUGGCAGUAGAGUAGGCGGAUGGAUGUUUGGAAAGUGGGUCGCCACACCGACGCCGUCAGAAACGGCUACAACACCGAAGAUCAAUCGCACAGCAAGUGCUACUUCGAGCAGCACAGCUAGGUCUGGCGAGGACCCCGAGGCGACGCCGAAGAGACCGAAAUAUCGUCCUCCUGGCAUUAAUACGAAUGGUCCGAUCCCAGGCUUCGGGCCAGAGCAGAAGCUGCAGCAUUCGCCGAUCUUGCAACGACUCGACGCAAACGCGCUCAAGAACGCAUUAGGAAAUUGA